ACAUAACUAGUCCUAUGUAAAGGCCUAGUCCUACGUAUACACCCAUGGAGGUCCGUCUAAACCUGGGUAUUUUCUGCAGUAUUUAUACAGAUUAGCGGAAAAGUCUUUAAACAUUCUCAACAUUACCGUACCCAUUACCGGCCCAGGUUAUUUUGGACCGUUUCACAGCCAGGACGGGUAUGCGAUCGCCCCCAGGCUAAGAACUCGGCUGUCACAAACCGCGCUUUUGAAAGUUGACGUGCACGUGCAUACAUGCAUGAUUAGUCUAAUGUAGGGUUUCAGUUCAGUCUUUUUCGUCCUGCACUAGUAUGACAAUGGAUUUUGAUGAUAUGAUCAUUUGAAGUUCAUGAGCUCAAGUAGGCUAUAUAUGGAAUAACUUACCCGUCUCGGAAAAAUUCCCGUCGCGCGACAACGGCAUGUCAGUCUUUUGUUAAUUAACAAUUAUUGUUAUCCUGCGAACUCCUUGUGGCCCAGCGCGUGAAAAUUCAUUACGACGAUAUUGAAGAAACUGUUGGCGGCAGAUUCCGUCCCCGGCUCUUUUGGGGUUAAGCUAAACACAGGACAGACUGUUAAAAGAAGGUCCGAAAAAAUUGUUUCAAAAUUUUUUUUUUUUGUCCACUUCAAAAGCGUCGUUAUUCAUUUCAGACUCGAUUCACGUACCUUUGUUCGUUUUGGUUUAAUAGUCGAUUACCGUGAUAUAUAUAACGACAGUCAUGUAAGAAAUUAAAGAGGUACAGGGUUUUAGAUUCAGGAUUUUAGGACCUGGCAAAAUAAAUCUGCAUAUGAAAUGUACUGGAAUUAAACCAGCCGCUGCAAUUGUGUUACAUGCCCCACCCCCUUCCUGUCAGAUUAGUGGAAGCGGCAAGGAUGUAAAUGCAUUUCUAUCCCUGCAUGCAUCUCAUUACACCCUUCAUCCAUCUGUGCACGCAUAAGGCUUUCAUCUGGACAACGUGUGAAGACGAUCAUCGCACGCGCCAAAUGUUCUUUUUUCUCCCGGUUUGACGAAGAGCAAUCGACUGUUAUUGUCACAAGGACUGACUGAUCCUAAAGUCAAGGCCGCAGUGUUUGUCUCCAUUGCCGUUCUUGAUCAAUCUGUUUCAGGCAUUGAAAAUGGCUAACCGAGUUAACAUUGGAGGUAGCCCGAAGCGGUCCUCGGCAACCGUUACCAAGGCUACAGGGUCAUCAACAAGGCGACCACGCCCAGCCUCGUACCAUCAAGAUCAUGGCUCCUCAUCAACGUCUUCAGGCAGCCCCAAAUCCCCAUCAGAUACUCCGAAGGGAUCUCUAGUUAAAAGUCCAGCAACAGGUCGCGAGGCAAUUGCGUCACUAGCUCUGAAAAUUCCUCCUCGUGUAGAUAGGACAUGGCGGCGAUCUGGAUCACCAAGUGCCCGGUCUAGCGCAUCUGGGAGCUCCACUGGAAGCUCAGAUUCCUUGCCUUCCAGGAAAGCUACUUCUAUCUUGAGGAAAUUGGCAGUGAUGAGACAGGAAGAGAAACUAAUUGAUUUGAAUCUAGUCUUCUACAGAGGAGAGAUAAGAUGUCAUAGGAUUGUUCUUGCAGCAAGUAGUCCAUAUUUUCGCGACACCUUAGCAGUUUCCAGCCAUUUGACAAGACAUGAUAGUAUUGAGAUGCGGGGGGUGGAUAUGCAAGUCAUGCAAGCUCUAGUAGAUUAUGCUUACACAUCUACUGUAACUAUUGGCUAUGAUAGAGUCAAGACUUUAUUAGAAGCUGCCAAUAUGUUCCAAUUCCAAAGUAUCAUAGAUGCUUGUAUAGAUUACUUGAAACGGUCAAGACGGAAGAUAAGACAGCGAUCAUCCAGUAGACAACGAAGUGAGAACAGUGUGGGAGGUGCAAGUCCCUCUAGUGGGGGAAGUCGAUCAGCAAGUCCUAAGAGCACACCUGUGCAAAGCCCACGGGCUGGGAGUCCCCUUACUACCCCCUCACCACUGCUGUUAAGUCCAAGAGAACCAUUCAAUGGAUCAUCUCCUAAGAUAGCUAUUACAGAUGAUAAAGUAGGAGAUGUUGCCAAGAUACUACAGGAUAUUUCUCUUGAAGGUAAAGGAGCAACUACCACAGAUGCAGAAGAUGGAGUGAUGAAGAACAAUGGUCUUCCAUCAGCUCUUGAUGUGGGAUCUAAGUACAGUCGAAGCAUAAGCACAGGAUCUGAGGGUUACUUAACAAGCUCCAUUGGUAGCGACUCAUCUAAUGACUCAACAACUCAUUUCAUUUUCCGUGACAAUAGGCACCCCUCCCAUUUCAUUAAGGCGAUGGUUAAGCUCCGUCAAGAAGGUCGUCUCACCGAUGUCGUGCUCAGGACCAAGAUUAAAGACUUUCCAUGUCACAGGGUAGUCCUGGAAGCCUCCAGCAGUUACCUGUCUCAAGUGAUUUCAAGGGAUUUAGAUGGCACAAAUGCCAUGGAUGUACACAUGAGGAAGAUAUCGCCUGAUGUCUUGCAGAAAUUGAUCCAUUUUAUGUAUACAGGCAGGGUGGCUGUAUCAGAUCGAGAUGCUGCUCAGGUUUAUAGAGCAGCUAAGCGCUUUGGUCUUGACGAUGUUUGCCAUUCAUGUGCUGUUGUUGAUCCAAGUUUAGAUUCAACAUCUACUGCCAACACCAGCCUGACUGACAGUGUGCUGUCUGAGGCAACACAUCCAGGUAGUCUUGAAAACCUGCUGGAUUAAUGACGAAUUGACACAGCACGUAUCCCGUAUGUAAAAAAUUAUACAUGGACCAUGUAAUGUCUAUUUCUAAUUAGGGAAUUCCCUACUUGAGAAUCCUGAAUCGGCCUGAGAUAUAAAGCACCCCUUGCUGAUUCAAAACAUGUAACAGCAGGCAAUUCAUGCAGCAUAGGAUUGUCACCAAUCACAUGCAAUCUAUAAUGACGAACCAGUCAGCAAGCUGAUCCAAUCUACAUGUGACUGUAACAUAUCUCUGUUGCAGAGACAAAGUACAAAUCUAGAAAGCUUGAUAUAUAUAUGUAGCAGUCAUUACAUAUGUUUAGGAAUAGUGGCCUUGUUUAUAGGAAAAAGGAUGAACCAUACAAAACUAGUUACCUUGGAAAAACAAGAUCCAAUUUUUGGUUGAAAAUAUAACUUUAAUUUAGUGGUCGGUUGCUCAGAAUACAAAAGCUAAAAAUACUGAAUGAAAGAAUAUACUGGUGGCUACUUCUGCAGUUUCGAUAUCCUGACAUAAUGUGACAUUAAGCUAAAUCUCCAUGAGAUUUUUUUGCAAAAUACAGUGAUUAAAAAGUAUUGGUGUACUAUGUACAUGAACAUAUUGAUGUGAGACAUAAUGAACUGGCUAUAUGAAACAGUAUGUCUAUGGGAAAUGGCUGAGGCUAGCAGUAACACUCAUAGGCGCAAGUGUUAGUUCAAGACACAGCCAAUAAUUAGAUGUAGCCAUAGACUGGAGUUUGCUCCCUGUGAUCAUGUUUUAGACUUGGUAUUGACGAAUGAGAACUGGUCCAAUACUUAACAUGUACAGCUCAGCUGAUUGGUUUGUGUAAGCUAUUAUCACAAUCAUAAAAUCACUGUAUGUCAGUAGAAUAUUCUUACAUUGACAGCAAUGAUUGACGUGCUUACUAUUCAAAGAUCAUCCAUGUGCAUACAUAUUGCCCGUGUAAACCAGAAACAAUGAGUAAACUCAGAUGCCGUGUUACACAGACUUACUGGUCACAGAUAGUCAUCUGUUAAGUGCAUGUUUGAUAUUCAUGAAUACUUGUACUAUACAGAAUUCCACUUUUUGUAAAUGCUAAUAAAUGUACUACUGAUUACUCCUUUACAAAAUAUACUUGUACAGAAAUAACAUGUUGAAAGGACUGAGUAUGUUAGAAUAUUAUCAGCUCUAAACAACAGAUCCAAACACUUAAAAUAAAUGUAAGGUUGGUUUUCUGAACCGAAAGAAAAACUUAUCCAGUCCAACUGUAAAUAAAUGGUUCUAAGAAACUGUUUUGAGAAAUAUCUUUUCUAUGAUAUUUUAGUCAAAAAGAUUUAGAGACAUUGUUGUACGAUCCAUUUGUCAAGAAAAACAGGCUAGUUGGUCCUUCGAUUUCCUGGAGGGUCUUCACUUCAGUAAGCUGCAGUUGAUUGUAUUUUAGUAGCUUACCAGUUAUAAAACAUUACUCUUUUUGCAAAAAGUUAUCACGCUUUUAUCCCCUCCCCAUGGAAUACGUUAGUUCCCAAGUACUGGGAUAGGCUAAACUGAAAAACCUGUUAGGAUACAAAAAUAUUGCAUUGAUGAAGUUGAUUUGAAUGUGUCAAAAAAAACUGUUGAUUGAGUAGCCUUGCUGAUUAGUCUGUUGUAUAAAUGUGUCUUGGUGAGGGUAAUGAAUCCUGAUGGAAAAUUAAAUGUGAAAAUGGUUAGGCCUUUUUUUGAAUUUUGAAAGGCAAGAGAAAAAUCUUAAACUGCUUGACAAGACUAUGCAAAAUACUUUGGAGAGUCAAAAAGUGUAUUAAACACUUUAUUUCAUGUUGUGUAAAUGUGUUCUUUCCAACAUUACUAGUUCAUGAUAUACAGUGUAUUCCAUAUUUAUUUUUAAAAUCUAUGCACAAAAUAGUGGAUUAAAACAAUAGUGAUUACUUUCUUUUUAGCAAGCUGGAAUUUGGGAGAAUUCAUAAUUAAAACAUUUCCAGUGCCCCAGAUGUUGAAACAA